GCUGGCCAAAGCAUGCACCUCGGCUUCCCCUUCAGCCUCUGUAUAUAAACUUGCUUGCUGCAGCUGAUUACCUCCCAUAACACUGUAGUACUAGUCAAGAUGCACGACCCUCUCGUUCCUACCGUCGUCAAAUCCGCAGUGAAUGCUAGACAUGUCGGGAAGAUAUUUCCUUCGAGACCGAAACUCUUCAGCCUACCUGUCGAGCUUAUCUGUCGCAUCCUUGCCUUCCUGCCUCCGAGAGAUCUGGCGCGAUGUAGCCAGAUCAACAGAUUCGUCAGAGACAUAUACCUGUCGUCCUCUCACCUGAGAUAUAUUACGGAGCUUGCGCUUCAUGGAAUGGCUCAGGCCCCAUCAUCCUCUGACAUUCCGUACCAUCAUCGCCUGACGAGGCUUAAAGAAUACUCUGAGAGAUGGACGCGAUUGAAGCCACUAAACAAGUACAGCAUCAAUAUGACAGAGAAUGGUUGCGUGUACGAUUUUGCUGGCGGCAUCUACGCAAAUGGACACGGCAGUCACCCUCCUGUCUCCGGGCCUCUCAAGUUUCAUCGUCUGCCGACUGCAACGGAUGACCCGUUUUCUCCUCUCAAAACGUGGACGCAUAUGCAGCUGAUCGAUGAGGGUGGUCAGUUCCUUGAUUUCUGCAUGGAUCCAACGCAGGACCUUCUAGUGAUGGUCUCUUCAGCACCGAUUAAUCGAGACCACAAAUACAUUGUCCACAUGAGAAGUCUUACGACAAACGAGCCUCAUCCGAACGCACCUCUACCCAAUCGGGCCUGGAUCGAUAGGACUGGCCCGCCCAUCGAACAGACAUUCCACCACGUUAGGAUUCAUAUCGUGGAUGACAUUGUUGCCAUCUUAGCAGACGACGGCGCCACAACGGUCCGGCUCUCGCUCUUCAACUGGCGGUCUGAUUGUGAUUACAUUGUCACAAUGGAGAAUGACAUGGCUGCACACGUUGACGACUUUUGCCUUCUUUCUCGGACUUCAUUCCUUACGGUCGAUUUUAACGGUUGCCUGGGCUUCUACACGUUCACUGACCCAGCCCUUUACAAUCGGGGAGCUUCGGUGCUUCCACCGGUCCGUCGGGCAAGGUUCGGUCUCCCGCGGCCCAGUGACGGCUGGGAAUACUGGGGCAUCAUAUUGAGCUUCAACCCUGUUACCGACGUGGCUCCUCUUAAACAGGAUAAGUCAGGCCUUCUGCAUGCACCCGCGCUCUUCCAAUGUGCCGACGAGGACCGAGUGUUGCUGUGUACGUUCAAUCUCUUCAAUCAGACAAACCAGCGGACGAGCAGCCACACUCUGAUCAUGCGGACGCGGGUCUUCUUCGAGUCUGUGCCUUUGAGCAAGACAGACUGGGAAGACUGGGGUCCCGAGAAUACGCGAUGGUUUAUCCACCAGUACGAGGCGCCAUGGAUACAUUCCAUCCAUGGAUAUCGCAUUGUGGACAAGACCGCGGGUGGGGAGGGGGAGACGGAUAGGUUCCGACUGGUCAUCCGCGACUUUAACCCGAGACUUAUCAGAGUCGAUAUCGACGAGAAGGAUGCGGACCGUAUGAAAAAUGUAACUGCACCUACUGUUGUCAAGGUGGAUGAGUUCCCGGAGGAGAUAUCGACGUACCUGCCGUACAGGGAGGUGACGAGCCAGGAAGCGUACUCGUGCUCGAAUGUUAUGAUCGAUGAUAGUAAGAUUGUCCUCUGUCAGCGCGAUAAUGAACAUCACUUGGAAGGGAUAGAUGUAUUGGUCUUCUGAUUAAUCUGUGUACAGUAUAAUGAGGUGGGAGCUUGGACGCACGAUCAUGUGUUACCGUGCCUGUUUACAGCGUCGCAAAUGUAUCUUAGAUUCCACUGAUGUACAUGUAAGUUGUCCAUUCGUCUUCAUGUCAUGCAGCACUGGCAUCCACUGCAUGGAAACUAU